ACACCGACACCGGGCACAGGAUAUCCUAGACCGAGACCUACGCCUACUUUCCCCAUCUAUACUGGUGAUGGAACUGGUGCUAAUGGAAAUGUUAUCAGUCCUGGUGGUCAUGACCAUCAUCAUCACGAGCCUGGUAUGCCCUUCGACUUCAAUUAUGCCGUGAAGGAGGACGCUUUCGGCAACGAUUAUUCUCACAACGCUAUUAGCGAUGGCGAAAUUGUUCGCGGUGAAUAUAAGGUACAACUUCCGGACGGCAGGACGCAAGUUGUGCGAUACACCGCGGAUUGGCAGCAUGGCUUCAGCGCUCAAGUCUCUUACGACGGGAAUCCUCGCUUCGAUAUACCACGACCGGGUGGUAACUUCAAUCGAGGCUAUUAAAUUUUAGCAUCAGGUUCUAGGGUUGUUCAAUUUUUAUUAAAUCGAAAAGAUUACAAAGCACAACGAAUUGUCGUGUACAAUGUAAUAUUUUUUUAAAAAUUGGAGAUUAUAGCAAGGAUGUAUCAUGAAAAUAUAACUUACGUAGAGGACAAAGGU